CAGCAGCAGCAGCAGCUGUGCAGCACUGACACCGCUCCCAGCACUCGGGUUUCUCCUCUCUCUCAAUAGAAACCCUAGAAAUCUCUUCCCAUUUCUCCCUUUCUAGAAUCUUCUUUCCUUCUUCUCUUCCAGCAGUCGCCGGAAUCCGGCCAUCCGCCAUUAUUUCCGGCGGCACUCGCGGCGGUUGCUGCUCGCUUCGAUGGCGGUAUCGGCUCCGUCGUCGUCGCCUUCAUCUUCUUCUCCACCUCCGUCGCCGGCGGCACCCCCUAGGUCGCUGCCGAGGUAUCUGAAUUUCUACGGGAAGCAUCGGAAGCAGGCGGAGUUGCAGAUCUUGAACCGAGAGAUUGGAUUUCUUCAGGAGGAGUUACGAUCACUUGAAGGCCUUCAACCUGCUUCUAGAUGCUGCAAAGAGGUUGAUGAAUUUGUAGGGAUGAAACCAGAUCCGCUGACACCUCUAAACCGGAAGGUUGAUAGAUCCUGUUGCAUUUGGAAAUGGCUGCGUCCGAAGUCCUGUUUCAACAUGUCAUGGAUUUGCUGCUUCGGCUGGUGCACAUUUCAUCCAGAAAGAUCAUGGUGUGGUUGUGGUCCACUGAGGAAAUGGCAAUGCUGUUGCCACUGCUGCUGCUUAGAGAAAUCUUCUUGCAGACGAUGCUGUGUUCUUCCAGCUCUUUCUUGCCCGCAUUGUUCUUGCAGCUGUUUGAGGUGUUGCCCAAGAUGUAGAAAGGUAUUUUUGUUAAAUGCUGAUAUCUAAGAUGGUCAUCAAGCACUCAAAUCCCUGGAUACGUCUCAUAUGUGUGAGACUAUCUUUUCAUUUUUUGGGUUCUACUGUGGAUAAACAUAGCUCAAAAAUCACACUGCUCAGGUAAUCUUAGAAGCUGAUUGGAUAACUAGGAAAUGUUGCUAUUGGGACCUUUGAAAAACGUCCAACUGACAGUCAACAUUCAUUGUUCAGGAGUCCAAUCAAUGGUUAGGAUGAUCUGAUUGGUGUGAUGUCUGGCAUAUCGCCCAUCCACAAUAUUGCCAGAUGAACAGUCUAGAUUCACACGUGUCCUGUGCAUGCCCACACUGAGUGCGUGAUACUCAAGAUAUUGACAUUUAACACUGAUCCUUUCCUAUUGUACUC